UGUGAUCUUAAUUUGAACCAGUCUUGUCCACUUCCACCCAUUUAUUAAUAUUCAAAGAAAAUUUCAAACACAUCAUUCAAAAACCACUCCCUUAUAUAUAUCCUGAAUCCAUAAUUUCCCUCACAAAUAUACACAUAUCCCCAUUCAGAUUUUCUGAUCUUAUUCAAGUGCUCAACUUCCCAAAAUUGAAAAAUCCUAAUAUCUCUGAUCUCUUUCUGUUUUCUCUUAUAUUUCUGCACAACAAAAACUGAAACCAGAAAAUUAAAGCAAGAAUGAACGACUUGUUUUCCAGCUUCCGGAACACGGACCAAGUCUCACCGGAUAGCCACAACCAUGUGAUCGAGAUGGCAGCUGCAGCCGCAUCUGAUGGCGGUGUGAACCUGGACAAAUUCUUCGAGGAAGUCGAAGGAGUCAAGGAUGAGCUGAAGGAGCUGGAGCGUCUCUACGAGAAUCUCAGAUCGUCCCACGAGAAGAGCAAGACCCUUCACAGCGCGAAGGCUGUGAAGGAUCUUCGCGCGCGGAUGGAUGCUGACGUGGCGCUCGCUCUUAAGAAAGCGAAGCUCAUUAAGCUGCGGCUCGAGGCGCUUGACCGGUCCAACGAGGCCAGCCGAAGCUUGCCUGGAGCUGGACCGGGUUCAUCCUCGGACCGGACUAGGACUUCAGUUGUAAGUGGGUUGAGGAAGAAGCUGAAGGACUCCAUGGACAGCUUCAAUAGCCUCAGACAACAGAUUUCUUCUGAGUACAGGGACACCGUGCAACGUAGAUACUACACCGUUACCGGAGAGAAUCCUGAUGAGAAAACCAUUGAUCUCCUCAUCUCCACUGGUGAAAGUGAAACAUUCUUGCAGAAAGCCAUCCAACAACAAGGUAGAGCCACCAUUAUGGACACAAUCCAAGAGAUUCAAGAGAGGCAUGACUCGGUGAAAGAGAUAGAGAGGCACCUCAACGAGCUGCACCAAGUUUUCAUGGACAUGGCAGUGCUAGUCCAAUCCCAGGGUGAGCAACUAGACGACAUCGAGAGCCACGUGGCGCGAGCUAACUCGUAUGUGAGGGGCGGGGUCCAGCAGUUGACUAUUGCUAGGAAGCACCAGAAGAAUACCCGAAAAUGGACCUGCAUUGCGAUUAUAUUGUUGCUGAUUAUCAUCUUGAUUAUAGUCCUGCCUAUUGUCCUUAAAAAUUGAUCAUGACACUUUCAAUUGAGAUUGGUGGAAUGGUGGCUAUGGAGAUUGUGGACUGGUUCAAAUUGCUUGUUAGUCAAGUCAACUCAUGGUGCAGCCUCAGCCAUUGCAUUAGAAAAUUCUACAUAUAUCGCUUUUGUAAUUAAUUAAUCUUGUGUGGUCACAUGCGUUGAUUUACUAGACCAUUUCCAUUGGUGUGCAUAUUUGAAGAUUGAGAAAUUUUGGUUUAGUUUCUAGAACUCCAUGGCCAUCAUCAUCAUUCGUUGUAAUGGUUAACUAUAUACCAUAUUACCAUGCAUGGAGAAAACUAUAUGCCCAUUUUGGCAUAUGCUUUAAAGAAAAAUGAGAGAGGAGAAAGGAGAAAAACGCUAAGACUGGAUGAUGUUCACGGUGGUAUUUUUUAUAUUAUGUAUUCUUUUAUUUUAUGAGUCCUAGUUCAUAUGAAGUGAGUUCCAUUA